AUGAUUAGUGACAGCAGCAACAAAAAUAAGCAACGAAAACAACGACUUCUUGCUCUUCUUAAAAAUUCAAAAGAUUACUUGAUUGGAAUUCUAGCUGCUGUAGCUUGUGGAAUUACGGGUGGCUCCAUGUUUGUGCCAUCACGAUUGGAUGACAAAGGAAGUAUCUAUAUGGUUGGAUUUGGAAUUGGUUCCAUGGGAAUUACAAGUGUCAUGCUCGUUUUCUAUUACUAUUACUAUUUCUUUCGAUACAAGAAGGAGCUAAGUUUUUAUCCAAAAUUGAGCAUCUUUCCUUGCCUUACGGCUGUGUUGUGGCAAACAGGAAACUUUUUUGCAGCAUUUGUGAGUGCUGGUCCAUUGGGAUUGACGAUUGGAAUGCCACUCACCGAAACGUCGUUGGUGGUUGCUGGUUUGUGUGGAUUGAUUUUCUUUAGAGAGUUGAAAGGAUGGAAAGCAAUUGUGCAGUUCUUUGUGAGUACAUUGAUCAUGUUGGUUCCUGGAUGCAUUUUGUUGGCCUUAUUUGGAAAGACUUAA